AAUUACAAGGAAACCCCAUGGAAAUUAUCUAAUCUUUCAAGACAAGUAACACCUAAUCCAAUAUUUAUUUAUAUCUCCAUCCAACAUUCUUCUAUUCAACUCUUUCUUUAGCUUUACAUCACUAAAAACUUCUCAACCCCCACCGCCACCGGAAGACCAAAAAUGUCCGUCAGACAAAGGCCUACAGCCUCCUCCCAGCAGCCUUCCACCUCCGUUGCAGAAGCCUCAACAAGCUCAGGCUCAAACGCCAUCGCAAACAACGAGCCCGAAACCCCGAAAUCGCCUUCAAGACCACUUUCUCUAUCCCAACGAGCAAUCUCUCAAACCCUAACCACCACAGCUAAUUUAGCCAACCUUCUCCCCACAGGCACCCUACUCGCCUUUCAGCUUCUCACACCGAUUUUCACCAACAAUGGCGCGUGUGACAACGCCACACGCCCGAUGACGCUCUUCCUCCUCCUCCUCCUCGCCGCCUCCUGCUUCCUCGCGUCCUUCACAGACAGCGUCAAGUCAUCGGACGGGCAAGUCUACUAUGGACUCGCCACGUCCAAAGGGCUGUUCUUGUUCGAUUAUCCAGAUCCUUCAGGAUCGGGGCUCCCGGAUUUGAGCAAGUAUAAAUUCAGGUUCAUUGAUGGAGUUCAUGCAGUUUUGUCCGUGCUUGUUUUCGGCGCCUUCGCUUUGAGGGACAAGAAUGUGUUGAGCUGCUUUUUUCCGACGCCGGGGCGUGAAAUUCAGGAGGUUUUGAACAUUCUUCCGAUGGGAGUCGGGUUGAUUUGCGGCUUGUUGUUCGUGGUUUUCCCCACCAGGAGACAUGGAAUUGGGUAUCCGAUCACGGCAGACAAAUAAUUAAUUAAUUUUCCAUUAAUUAGUUGUUUAAUUUCUUCAAUUCUUUUUGAGUUGUGAUUAUUGUUAAUUAAUUAACCUCCUUGAUUAUUAGAUGGGAGAAGACUUUGUAAUUAAGAAAAUUAAUUAAUCGUUUGUUUUGGCAACGUUUUUAGGUUUAAAAAAAGCAUUUCAUCUUUUUAGAAAGCAUAUACGCUUGGUUCUCUGGCCGAGUGUAUAUACACUAAAACCCCUCUAUAGUGAAACUCUAUAUAAGAAUAAACUCUAAAUAGUUAUGAAAAA